GUCUCUUCCAACCAAAUGCUAUCUUUGUCGCUUCAUGAGCUGCCUAUUUCGGGUCGGGUCGAUUUUUAGAAAAAAUCCAACCGAUCUGAACUCAAAACGAUUUGGGUUAGAUUGUCGUUGGAUUGGGUCGGUUAAUUUCGAUUUAUUUAUUUUGUCCUCGGUAAUAUCAUUCAUAUUUUUGGAAAUGGAGCUCCCCUUGCUCCUUGGUCAUGAGAGAGUUUUGUUUUAAGCAUUCGUUUGGAUACCUUUGUUUUGAGAGAGAGAUUAAAAACAAAUUUCUCAAGAGAUUCUUUUUUUCAAAAUUAUUCCUUUUGGGACCCUUUUUGGUUUCCUUGAGAUUUUGGUUUGUGUAUGGCGGGUGAGCUCCACUUCGUUCUGUUCCCAUUCAUGGCGCAAGGCCACAUGAUCCCAAUGGUGGACUUCGGGCGCGUCCUGGCACGGCGGCGCGUGAUCGUCACGCUCAUCACAACGCCCCACAACGCCUCCCGGUUCGAAACCAUAAUCCACCGCGACAGAGACUCACUCGGCCUCAGAAUCAGCAUCAUCAAGAUCCAGUUCCCCUGGAAGGAAGCCGGUUUGCCGGAAGGGACCGAGAAUCAAGACCAGCUUCCGCCGUCGGUACCGGCGAUGGAAUUCAUGGCCGCCACCACCUUCCUCCAAGACCCUGUCGAGAAACUAUUCGAAACCCUCUCACCACCCCCAAAUUGCAUAAUCUCCGACGGCUGUUUACCCUUCACAAUGAAAAUUGCCCGCAAAUUCAACAUACCCAGAAUCUCCUUCUACGUUUUCAACUGUUUUUACAGUUUGGUGAUGCAUAAUUCUCACCUCCUCCUCCACACCCAGCAAAACGAAGAGGAGAAUUUCGUAGUUCCAGGCCUUCCCGAUCGAAUCGAAAUCAGCAAAUCACGAGCCCCACCCCCAAUUCCUCAAAAUCUCGAAGAAUUUCAAAUUCUCUUGGGAAGAGCUGAAAUGUCAUCAUACGGGAUUGUUCUGAACACUUUCGAAGAAAUGGAACCCAAAUACGUGGAGGCUUUGAAAAACAAGAGACGCAGAGUAUGGUGCGUGGGCCCUGUUUCGCUCUGCAACGCAGAGACCGCGGACAAGGCAGAGAGAGGGAAGAAAUCCGCCAUUGAUGAGCACUCGUGUUUGACCUGGCUCGAUUCGCAGAAACCAAACUCCGUUCUCUACGUCUGUUUUGGAAGCCUCUGCAACUUGAUACCCAGUCAAUUGAUAGAGCUGGCGCUGGGUUUAGAGGCCUCGAAAAGGCCAUUCAUAUGGGCAAUCAGGAAAGGGCAGAAUUCAGAGGAAUUGGAGAAAUGGGUUUCUGAAAACGCGUUCGAAAAUCGAAUCCAAGGGAGAGGGGUUCUGAUUUGGGGGUGGGCUCCCCAAGUUCUGAUACUCUCACACCCUUCAGUUGGAGGGUUCUUGACCCACUGUGGGGCGAAUGGGAUCCAGGAAGGGAUAUGCGCAGGGGUGCCAUUGAUGAGUUGGCCAUUGUUUUCGGACCAGUUCAUAAACGAGCAGCUGGUUCUUCGAGUACUGAAGAUCGGAGUCAGUGCUGGGGCGAAGUACCCUGUGAAUGAAGGGGAAGAAGAGAAGCACGGGGUUCAGGUGAAGAAGGAAGAUGUUAAAGCCGCCAUAGAUAAAUUAAUGGACGAAGAAAAUGAAGAGCCGAAAGAUAGAAGAAGGAGAGUGAAAGAGCUUGCAGAGAAGGCGAAAAGCGCUGUGGUGGAAGGAGGAUCCUCUCAUCACAAUGUUUCGCUUUUGAUUAAACAGAUCUUGGAAUAUAAAAAACCAGAUAUUGCUUCUACUUAGGGUUCUUCAAAUUUUAAGCUCGUUCAUUUUAAUAGUUGUACUUCCAAAUUAAUUUUAAUCAUAGUAAUUUUA